AUGCGUAUGACGCGGGCGCUGUCUGUAUGGUCCACUACUUUCACGUGGAACAGAUACCUAGCACAUAAAGGUACAGUGGUGAAGCCAUAUUACUGGCUAACAGAGAGCCCCUGUAUCAGAUGUCCUUAUCACAUAAGAACAGGUGAAGAGCAAAUCCUUAUGCAAUUCCACCAGGCAUUUGGAUUCCCCUAUGGGCCAACACUCACCGAAUAAACACCUUCUCUUUUUGAAGUGAGGCACUUCUCAGGCAAACUGAUGCAGAAGGGCCAUGCGACGAACUGUACAGAGUACAACAUCCAUCCAGAAUCAAUGUUAUUUGAAAUGGGAAGUUACCUAGACUCUCUUGUACACAACUGGGAAAAUGCCGCAUGCAUAGUUCUCUAUUCAAACUAUUCUCCUUGCAGGGCAGAGCACUGCUGCAUAAGCAAAAUGUACAGCUUCCUGAGGAAGUAUCCAGAUAUCCAACUUUGCCUUUAUUUCUCGCAGCUGUAUCACACGGGGGACUUCCCAGUAGCUCCAUGGAACUGUGAAGCUUCAGACCUUGCCAGCCGGUGGCCUCAGGUGUCGCUAAGCCCUCUGAGCGUGGACUUUGGCAGUCUGUCCUCCACAAUUUUGUGA